GGGGAGGGGGAGGGAGGGGGGAGAGGGGAGGGAGGAAGGAGAGGAGAGGGGAAGGAAGGAAGGAAAAAAACAAAACACAACUGGAAAACCCUAGGACUUGAACCCAGGGAAAGCGUUAGGGGGUAAGGGGACUACACUUCCCGUGAAGUUCCGCGGCGGCUUCCCGUGAGGCCCCGCGGAGGCUUCCUGAGAGGCCCUGCGCGCUUUCCGCGCCAGCUUCAGUGUCAGCUCGCGAGCCCUGGCGUCGCGUAGGAGGGAGGAUGGAGAGCGGCGACGAAGCGGCCAUCGAGAGGCACCGCGUCCACUUGCGCUCCGCCACAUUGCGCGACGCCGUACCCGCCACACUGCAUCUGCUGCCCUGCGAGGUUGCGGUAGACGGGCCCGCCCCGGUGGGGCGCUUCUUCACGCCCGCCAUCCGCCAGGGCCCCGAGGGACUCGAAGUGUCGUUUCGGGGCCGCUGUCUACGGGGAGAGGAGGUGGCGGUGCCGCCUGGCCUCGUGGGAUACGUGAUGGUGACGGAAGAGAAGGAGGUGUCGAUGGGGAAGCCAGACCCCUUGCGGGAUUCCGGGACUGACGACCAAGAGGAGGAGCCGCUGGAGCGGGACUUCGACCGCUUCAUUGGAGCCACUGCCAACUUCAGCCGCUUCACCCUGUGGGGUCUGGAGACCAUCCCUGGCCCGGAUGCCAAAGUGCGUGGGGCCUUAACUUGGCCCAGCCUUGCGGCAGCGAUUCACGCACAGGUGCCCGAGGACUGAGAACCAGAGCUUGAAAUUCAAAGCUACGAUCCCUUCACAGCAGUAAACCAGCUCUUUGGAACCGAUUCCAUCACCCCAAUAAAGGAGCUCUUCACAGCA